CGGGGCGUAGCAUUGUCAACAUCCUGGUGACGUCACGCAUUUCUCCAAAAUGGCGGACGUGGAUCAGAGAGCAGGAAAGGAAGAGCCGGAGCCAGAGAGUGAGGAUGAGGUGUACGAGGUCGUGGACCUCACAGAAUAUGCUCGGACACACCAGUGGUGGAGCACUGUGUUUGGGAACAACUCCGGCCCCAUCGCAGAGAAGUAUUCUGUGGCCACGCAGAUAAUGAUGGGAGGUGGUGCUGGAUGGUGUGCAGGUUACCUGUUCCAGAAGGUGGGGAAGAUUGCUGCCACAGCUGUGGGGGGAGGGUUUCUCCUGCUCCAGAUAGCCAAUCACAGUGGCUAUGUGCAGGUGGACUGGAAGAAGGUGGAGAAGGAUGUGAACAAGGCCAAGAAACACCUUAAGAAGAAGGCCAAGAAGGCAGCGCCAGAAAUCAACUCUUUCAUCGAGGAGGUAAAGGCGACCGACUUCAUCAAGAGGAACAUCGUGGUGUCCAGUGGCUUCGUGGGCGGCUUCCUGCUAGGCCUGGCCUCCUAAACGGGACCCCCUUUGCUGAUCGAGGGGCCCCGGGCCCCUGUGGUAACCUACUGUGAAACCCCUUCGACACGUCGGUGGAUCUGGUUAACUCGUAGGCCCCGUCACUACAGUUACAGUAUGCUCGACGAGUUCAGCACCAUGUUGUCUCUUUUCUCCAUUUUACCUCUUUUAAGUCGACAUGCUAUGGAAAAAAAAAUGCUAUUCACUAAGGUAUCAUUCAUGCUCGUUGCAAUUCGAACAGAAAAUGGGUUACGCACAGAGUUCACCUUUUUCUACCAUUGUCUCCUCAAGGGUGGUUGAGGAGGGUGAAAACAAGGGUUCAAAACUGCUCAAGACAUCUUUUUUCUUAUCAAUGACAUGUGCCAGAGUGCAGAUAUAUGCCAAGCCGCAACAAAAGGACACUCAAAGCCCUGUUUGACUUUGACGUUUAUCCCUAUUCCCUGCCACCUAUUGUCCUGCUGGAUGAAAUAGUCUAAAGCUAAUCCCAUAUAGAAGUCCCUUGUACAUAAAUAACUCUUUCUUGCUCCGAGACCUGUAAAUAAUAUGAAUAUAUAUAAUAUGGUAGGGAUGGCUCAGAUUCAUAUUUGCCUAUUAUGAUAAGAUGGGUCACCUCAGCACGCGCAAAAAUGGUUGAGUUAAGUGGAAGUUGGGUUCCCUAUGGGUUAUUAUACAAUACACAUCACCAGACCAAGAAGCCGGUACAUAUUAAGUGCCCUAUGUGAGGCAUUCAUGUGUGUGUGAUGUUUUUUUUAUUUUCUCACUUAACUUUGCAAUGCAAAGAGCAUGAAACUCCAUCUUUCACGUAUAAACCUUUAUCAUCGAUGCCUAGCUGUCCUGGACGUGGAUUUGGUUUGCGAAAAAGAAAACCACACCACGCCUGUGAUUCCUGUAGCUUUGCUCUUUGUCAUCUUAGAGUAUUAAUGAGUGUCAGUGUAAUAACACUAGUACAACGACGUUGCCAACUUUAGUGUUUUUACUCAGUUACGAUCAGCCUCUAGUCAGGGCACGCACAGUUUAAACCAGUUAAGUUGCUAUCGAUUCACUGUCUUUGAGUUGCGUUUGCAUUGCCUUUAACUUUAAAGUGUAAAAUACCGUGAGUGGUUUAACAGAUGCCUGCUGCUUGUUCUAAGUUUCCGUGAACACGUUUUACGGUCCCUUUGGGUUUUAUUUUGGAUGAAACGUUACUGUUUGGAUGUACAUAUUGUUGGUUUUUGUUCUGAAAUAAAGUUGUUUUCACCAAUAUAAGUAUUGUU